UUUUGAGUUUUGACCUGAGAGGGUGUUCGUUAAGUUGAUCUUCUUCGAUUUUUUAUUUUUUGAUGUGUUCCUAUUUUUUUUCCGAUCCGAAACGCGAUGGGGCGGUCUCGGUUGGAUGCGCUCGUCUCCGUGUUCGUUACGGUGCACCCGCACGAGACCUCUGCUCUGCUUCACUCCUUCUUCUGCUUCUUCUUCAUUUUGAGUGCGUAUUUCGUGGUUCUUCCUUUGCGAGACGAGGGUGCUAUAUCGUUGGGCUUAUCGAAUCUACCAGGUUUAUUCGUUGGGUCUUUGGUGCUCACACUCAUUGCCGCACCCGUUUCAUCUCUCAUCUUUUCUCUCCCUAAUCUUUCAAAAAACAAGGCAUUGGUUUCAAUACACAGGUUCUUUAGCAUAUCACUCAUAGUCUUCUUUUUUUUGUGGCGCUCCUCAUCAACAUCUAAAUUGAUAGAGUCUACUACUUCGACAUAUUCCUCAGAGCAAGAUGGGAAGAUUGGUGAUCAAGGCAGUCCUACACCUCCAUUAGGUUGGGAUAGCCAUGGAUGGUUCUAUAUCUCAGUCCGAAUUGGAUUGUUUCUUUGGGUUGCGUUGCUUAAUCUAAUCACAAUUUCUUCAACUUGGGCAAGGGUAAUUGAUGUGAUGGACAGUGAGUCAGGUUCGAGAUUAUUUGGAUUUGUUGGGGCUGGUGCUACACUUGGACAACUUUUUGGGUCUCUUUUUGCUACAGGAAUGGCUUUUGUCGGGCCAUUCUUGCUAUUGUUUGCUGCAUUACUGUUGGAAUUUGCAGCAAGGACAUCAAGAGGGAUAAAUUGUAAUUCAUCUAAUGCUGAAGAGGAAUUGACUCCUAUGAGAGAAUCUGAUUCCAACCAUGAAAAUGGAGCCGAUGAGAAGAGUGAACAUACUGUUAGAGCUUCUCCAAAGUCAUCUACUUCUUUAUCGAGACUUCAAAUUUGGCCUAUAUUUGAUGGAUUGUGGCUUAUACUAUCAUCAACUUACCUGUUGCAUGUAUCAUUGUUCAUCUGGCUGAGUGCAGUUAUCUCUUCAUUCUUCUACUUUCAGAAAGUAAGUGUGAUUGCCACUACAGUUACAAGCUCUCUGGGAAGAAGAAAAAUGUUUGCAGAGAUAAAUAGCUUUAUUGCUACUUUUAUCCUUGUUGGGCAGCUGUCCAUGACGGGGCGCAUUCUUACUGUUGCUGGGGUGACUAUAGCUAUAUGCUCUGCACCUUUUAUUGGCCUUUUAAAUUUAGUUGCUCUAGCUGUUUGGCCGGACUGGCUGGUUGUUGCCACUUGUGAAACAUUAAGAAAGGUUGUUACAUAUGUUGUGACAAGGCCUGGAAGAGAACUUUUAUUUACUGUUGUUUCACAGGAUGAGAAGUACAAAGCCAAAAUAUGCAUUGAUGUGUUGGUUCAAAGACUUGGAGAUGCUGCAGCAGCUGGAAUGUACAAAAUACUUUUUGGUACUCUCAAGGGGAAACCAUCAACCGUUUCCCUUUAUGCUUUGCCUGUUUGUAUGUUGUGGAUAAUCACAGCAUUCUAUUUGGGUCGCCGGCAAGUAGAACUUUCAAAGCACCAUCAGAUUGCUUCUAGUUGAUAUAGGAUUGAAAGUAUAGUGAAUUAUAUUUAAGGAACAGAGGGAUAGAUAUGUUCAGAAUGGGUAAAUCAAAAACCUCAUUGCACUGGAAUUAUUUAUGGUGCUUUAAUUUUGCGGAAUUGAUGAGUAGCAGUGUGAAUAGUUGAAGCCAGUGCAGCAUGCGAACAAGUAUAGAGAAAAAAUUCAGGAGAGGGAAGAAAGAAGAAUCCAAGAAGAGAGAAUAUAGGCAUCGUUCUCACCAAAUACAUGCUAACCACUCCACACAGUCUCUUUUGAUGGAUUUACAAAAAGAGGACUGAUUAAUCAUCUUAAGAGAUGUGUUUUGUUAUCUAACAUUUUUUGGAAGUAUGUACCUUUUACCUCAUGUAGUAAGGAGGAUAUUUAAGAAGCUUUUUGAGUUUAUAUUAUACUCUUUUCAACAUAAUGGAGAUAUGUAAGAAGUUCCACAGAAUCUUAAAGGAUGCUUCUGAUGAAUACCAAGAGCUGUGAAGGAUGAGAAGAUGAGAUAGCAGAGCUGGGACACGUCUCUCUUAAGGAAAUCUGGGAAUUAAGAACUAAUUUCGUCUCGUGAUAUAAUUAGAGCAUUCAUAACAUCGCUCUCAUGAUAUUUUUUAGGGUUAAGUACGAUUUUGGUCCUUAAGGUAUAGAUUAAAAAUUUUUUUCGUCUCUGACUUAUUUUUGCAUACACAAUCGUUCCUAAGAUUCAACGUAGUUUUAAAAUUGUCUUUUGGACCAAAAUAUUCUUCAUCACAGCAUUUUUUUGAAAUAAAGAAAGAAAGAAAUGAGAGAUUGAGAAGAGAGGGAAAAUGUGGGAAAGAGAGGGAAAGAGACAUAGAGAGUGCACGAGCUUGUUGGAAACGACGUGCUGUCGCCGUUGCCUCUGUACUCUAAAAUCGCCACCAAAGAAGGGAAGAAGAGGAAAUCUAAACCCGUUCGCGGAGGAGCACGUCCAUGAAUGGGUGUGGUGGAAACGACAUAGUGGAGAAGACAGAGUCGCUGUUACUGCUACUCCUCGCUGUUACCACUGUUCCUCGCGUGUUCGUUGUUGUUCCACGCUCGUCGCCGUUGUUUCUCCUUCUGUAUCUUCUAUUUCUACUUCUGUUUUUUCUGUUUUUGUUUUUGAUUCUAUUGUUGUUGAUGACGCGGGGACGAAGAAGAGAUGUUAUUCUUGAAUUUGGAUACUAUGUUGUUAAAUAUUGUGUGUUUUUGUUGUUGGUGUUUCAUUAAUGGUUUUUUUAUAAUUCAUUUUUUUUUCA